CUCUGGGCUUAUCCAAUGAUCUUUGGAAUGUUUAAUAGACGUCCCUAGGCAACAAUCAUCUGCGGAAUCGUUCUGUCCGCUCUUCCGGGAUUGCCCCUUCCAUACCUGACGUCAUCAACUCCAGUGUCCAAUCCAGGAAGAACGUCUAUGAGGAGGACAGAAUUAUUUUCAAAUAAUUAGACCACAGAGAUCACAUGUACUCAUUCGCCAGCCAGCAGGUACCUCAACCUUGAAAGAUCUCUUUUAUUCGGAAUAUGUGUCUUCUCCUAGGUCAUUGAUCAUAGAGCACCCAGGGACAUUCAAUUCACAGUCAAGUGAGAAACAGUCAUCAUGAAUAAUCAGGAGGUUGUGGCUGUCCUACAGGAGUGCAAGCGAAUGCUAGAUGUUCUUGCUUCAGAGGUGUCAAAGCCGUCUGAGGAGGAGAAGAAUGACUACCAGCGGUGUGGAGGCUCCACUAAACCCAGGCGGAGCUGCAUUUAUGUGUGGAAACAGAACAAUGAGCAAAAGUUUGAUGGCAGCCUCUCUGCCGGACGAUCUGAAGACUCUCAUUCAGGAGGCAAAGGAAAUGAAGUGGCCCUUUGUGCCUGAGAGGUGGCAAUACAAACAGACAGUCAGCCCAGAAGACAAAACAAACCUCCAAGAUCUGAUCAAUCCAAGGCUUCACGAGUUACUGGUGUAUUUGAAGGCUUGUAUAAAGGUUCAAGACAGUGGUACCGCUGCUGCCAUUGUGUUCCUGAUUGACCGAUUCCUAUACUGGGUAGAUGCAUCCACAAGACUUCUGUCGGUUGCCAAAGCUUUGCACAAGUUGUAUCCUUCCACACCAAUAGCCCCACAGGUGGUUAUACGACAAGCUCGCAUCUCCGUAAAUACAGGAAAGCUUUUAAAAGCGGAGUAUAUAUUAAGUAGUCUAAUAAGCAACAAUGGAGCAACAGGCACCUGGCUAUAUUCUGAAGAGAGUGACAGAAUUUUAGUUCAGUCUGUAUGCAUCCAGAUCAGGGGACAAAUCCUGCAGAAAUUAGGGAUGUGGUAUGAGGCAGCUGAGCUCAUCUGGACUUCUAUUGUUGGAUUUUUUGAACUCCCUGUACCUGACAAAAAGGGAAUUGCAACAUCUCUUGGCGUUUUAGCAGACAUUUUUAUAUCCAUGAAUGAAGAGGACUAUCAGAGGUUCAAGAAAAAUAACCAUGUUGGAUUAACUCUACUAGAAGAAUUUGAUCACCGACUAUUAUCAGCAGCAGAAGCUUGUAAGCUGGCAGCAACCUUUAUUUUGUACACACCGCUCUUCGUGCUCACCAAUUCGAAUAUCCGCGGUGCAUGCUUGUUAUCCUACUGCUUGUCCAGCGAGUGUCCAAUGGAGAAAAAGUCUUACUAUUUCUUGGAGGCAAAAGAGUCUUUUGAAAUUGGUCUCCUCACCAAAAAAAAAGGAGACCAAGUGACAAGUAAGCAGGAGCUUCACAGCUUUGUCAAGUCAGCAUUUUGUCUUGCAAAUGUGCACAAGUGGCUUAAUAGUGAAGCUGGACAAAAUGAAAUUGUGAAUCAACUUUGUAAAGACGCCAUGGAAAAACUGGCAGUAUAUAAUAUGUUAUCAGACAAACGUGACAAAGGAGUCUUGGCCAGUGAUGUCAUGUGCCUUGUAACUGCUAUAAAAGAACAUUUAAAUGUGCAACCGUUCCCAAGCUCAGACGAGCAAUCUUUUGUACCUGACAGUUACAGAGACUGCAUUAAAAAAAAAAUUGUCAUUGGAAAGGUCAGCUUCCAAAAACUGUUGGAUAUGCAUUCUCAGCAUCAUAUCUCAGUGUGCAAAGUGUUUGAUGUUGCUUGCAGAAACCACACCACAGAAGAGGUUGUAAUGAAAUCAGGAGCUUGUAUAACUGCCUUGAAGACUACUGACACCAUCAGUACCGCAGACAGCUCCCCAAGCCAAACAGCUAGUGAUCAACUAAGUGACCAAUCAGUAAGAAGAAGAAAACUUGUACAUUCCGAUGCUGUGAGUCAUUCUUUUGAUGAAGAAAGAAGGCAACGAUUAAGUAGCUCGCAUAGUGGUAGUCAGGGCUCCAGUUUGUCAAAUUCUUCUUUUAGCUGGGAAUGCAUACCAGAGCAGAAUGAAAAGGAGCCUAAUGUUUCUAAUAGUGAGGGUGAUCGAAAUGUUCUCAGUUCAUCCUCUACUUCCUGUAAUGUUCUUGGUGAAAAGAAAGAUGACGCUGACAUUAAUUUGCAGGGUCUUUCCCUUCAAGAUCAUGUCUUUGAUCCCCAGAAUCACCCAGUAGACAAUAAAUCUGCUAGCGAAAAUAAUUCUAGUCAAAUAAGUCUCAACAUUGUCACUGCUGGAAACAAAUGUUUAGAAAAAUCAGCUCUCGGCAGCAAUGUCUGUAGAAAAUCCACUGCUGAAGGGUCUAGUACAUAUUCAGAUGAUGAAUCUUUUGAGUUUGUUGAUCUUUCCAUUGGUGCCGAAACCAACAAACCAACCAAUGUCACAGAGAAGAAACAAAUGAUUAAGUCUCAUGGGGUGUCUUCAGGAGGUAUUUCAGGGCCAAAUAUGUAUUUUGAAAUUGACCUAAAAGGUGAAACACAAGAUACUGCAGAUGAUGCACCUUCUGGAAUACAAAAGCAUAUGAUGGUUCUUCCAGGUCCAUCAGGUGUUAUUACUGGGCCAAGUAAUAUUUCUGGAAUUGACUUGGAAGGUGAAACACAAGAAACUGCAGAUGAUGCACCCUCUGAAAUACAAAAGACUAUUAUGGUACUUCCAGGUCCUUCAGGUGUUAUUACUGGGCCAAAUAAUUAUUCUGGAAUUGACUUGGAAGGUGAAACACAAGAUACUACAGAUGAUGCACCUUCUGGAAAUCAAAAGAUUAUAAUUGUACCUCCAGGCCCAUCAGGUGAUAGUAUAAGGUCAUGGAUUCAUUCAGGAAUUGACUUACAAGGUGAAACAGAAGAUACUACACAUGAUCCACCACCUGUAAUACAAAAGGCUAUGACAGUAUCUCCUGGUCCAUCAGGUAUUAUUGAAAAGGCAAGUAUUCACUCUGGCAUUGAUCAAAAAGGUGAAACUCAAGAUACUACAGAUGAUCUACCAAGUGGAGCACACUCUUCUAUGCAAAUUCAUGGUAGACAGAGGGUACCAUAUGAAACUGACAUAAAAGAGAAAAUAAAACAUUCAACAGAGGUAUCGGACCAUGUUGCAGAACAUAGGUUAAUUUUUGGAAUUGACUUAGAAGAUGAAACAAAUAUUGCUACAGAUGAAGUAUCUAUUGAUAUGCAAAAUUCUGAUUCGUUGCCUUCAGGUCAGUCUGCUAUUGCCAUCAAAUCCUCAGCUUCUUCUUCUGAAGGCAAGGCGUUCGCUACAGAAGACAAUUUGGAAAUGCAGUUCCUUAACCGUCAGUGGUCUGUAGAAAGUUCAGCUGACAAAACACCUUUAAGUCAGCAAAACAGUCUAAACAGUUCACUGACUUCUUCUGGAAAGGCCAAGGUAAAACAGGGUGUGGACAGUAAGGCCAACAUCAGCUUCAGUAGCAGCCAUGACUCUGGCUCUUGGUACAAAGUUAGUCCAUUUUCCAGUAGUCUUUCCGGGUCACAUUCAUCUCUAAAUUCAAGUGUAAGCUCUUUUGUUAUGCUGCAAGCACAACAUAAAGAGCAGGAACUCCAGGCCCGUUCUUUAGAUGUCACCGAUUAUGAAAGACUCCUAUCCGGUGUAAGUCAUGAAUGGCUGCUCAAGAGGCUGGAAUGUACAGGAGUUUUUAACUUCAAGCAUGUUCAAAAAACAUACAAUGCUUUGCUCUUGAAAUUCUCAAAGAAAUCUGAGCUGUGGACGGCCCAGGAAACUCUUGUGCACUUUGGAAAAGAUCCUAAAAAAGAAGGAAAACAGAGAAAGGCUUUCUGGAUCUCUUUUCUACACCAGGAUGAAACUCUUGGAAGGUAUGUUGGGAAGGCUUAUAAGACGCACAAGGAGCUGCUGUACCACUUCAACGACGUUGAGCGUCAGAUGACUGCUCAGUAUUAUGUCACAGAAUUCAACAAAAGACUCUAUGAACAGAACAUUCCCACUCAGAUAUUCUACAUCCCUUCUUCUGUUCUGUUGAUUAUGGAUGGCAGAACCAUUUCAAGCUGUGUUAGUGUGGAACCUUACAUUCUUGGAGAUUUUGUAAAACUGACCAAUAACACUAAAACAGUCAGAAUGCAGUAUAACGCUACCAAAUACGGAUUGGCGUUUGGACAUUUUGUAUAUGAAUUUUCAGAGAAUUCUGAUAUAGUGGUGGAUUUACAAGGAUGGUUUACUGGAAGUAAGGAAGGAGAAGCAAUUAUUUACCUCACUGACCCUCAGAUCCACUCAGUUAAGGAUACACUAGCCUCCUGUAUAAAUUUUGGAUAUAAAGGGAUAUACAUGUUUUUCAGUUGUCAGCAUACAGAGUGCAAUGAAAUAUGUCACAGACUUUCAUUAACCAGACCCGACAUGAAAGAAUUAGAGGCGUAUAGCAAUAAAAGAACACAAAAGGACCGUCAACAUCAGUUUACAAAGACCCAGAGUAUGUAAAGUAUUUGAGGAACAUAACAAUAAAAGAACACAAAAGGAACAUUAAUAUCAGUUUACAAAGACCCAGUGUGUGUAAUCAUAUAUGUACCAGUAUUGCACUUUGAUAAUACAGUAAAAUUUGACAUUUAAAUAAGAUUUGUUUCAAAAUAUACCUGCAUUAAAUAUCUUUAUGGAACUGCCUAUUCCUUCAAUCUGUAACAAUAAAAGAUUAUUUUGGAUUUA